AUAGUAGAAAGCCAUCGCGGCGUAGCCAUCGCCGUCGCGACGGCGAUUAAUGAUUUUAAUUUAUUUAUCUUAAGUUUAUGCCUUUAAUUUUACAUGAACCUUAGCUUUUAUUUUUAACUGCCUACGUAAUAAGUUAGAGCCGUUACCGUAUUAUGUCUAGAAUUAGGGGAAUCGAAGCCAAAGUGAAAAAAGAAAUUUUGCAUUCAGCCAAAAAUAAAAAUGGACCAGACACAGCCUGCGAAAAGAAUGACGCGGAGAAAGACCAGGUGAAGGAACUGCUGGGCAAGAUCCCCGUGCUGGCGAAGACCUUCGAUAUCCACCGGAAGAUCGGCGAGGGCACGUUCAGCUCCGUCUACCUUGGCUCCAUGAGGCAGGACGCGAGCGUGGCCGGCGGAGACAAGAGAUGGUUCGCCGUGAAACAUUUAGUGCCGACCACGCACCCCACAAGAGUGGCGCACGAACUGCGCUGUCUAAGGGACAUCGGCGGCAAGAACCAUGUGAUCGGAGUGGAGCUGUGCCUUCGCAACCUGGACCACGUCGUCUUCAUCAUGCCCUACAUACCGCACCAGAAGUUCUCCGAAUACGUUGGCGAUAUGGACGCGAACGAGCUGCGGCAAUACAUGCGCGCACUGUUAACUGCACUACGACACGUGCACACGUUCGGCGUCAUACACCGGGACGUGAAGCCGAGCAACUUCCUUUACGACCGCGAGCGGCGGCGCUACGCGCUGGUGGACUUCGGAUUGGCGCAGCACACGGCGGCGCCCACGCAGCCGCCCCCCGCGCACCAGCCCCUCAAACGGACACGGGACGACGACUCCCUCCUCCCGGGCGCCAAGCGCAUGGCGCUCGACCUGUGCGUGCGGCGCGCGGCCCGCUCGCCCGCGCCGGCGCCCGCGCCCGUGCCCGCCCCGCGCGCCUGCGCGUGCGCCGGCGCGGGCGGCGUGUGCGGCGAGUGCGCCGUGUGGGCCCCGCCGCGCGCCAACCGCGCCGGCACGCAGGGCUUCCGUCCGCCUGAGGUGUUCUUCAAGUACCCGCACCAGAGCACGGCGGUGGACAUGUGGGCCGCGGGGGUCAUCCUGGCCAGCGUGCUGUCCGGCAGAUACCCGUUCUUCCGAGCCACCGACGACCUGACCGCCUUGGCCGAGAUCACGGAGCUACUGGGCACCGAGGCGCUACAGCGGACCGCACAGGCGCUAGGUAACUACACUAUACACCACGUAGUCAUACUGGCCAGCGUGUUGUCCGGCAGAUACCCGUUCUUCCGCGCCACCGACGACCUGACCACCUUGGCCGAGAUCACGGAGCUGCUGGGCACCGAGGCGCUACAGCGGACCGCACAGGCGCUAGGCUGCCGGCUGGUGACGUCGACGCGCCGCCACGGGCUGUGCCUGCGCAAGCUGUCCGCGCACCUGCGCGGCGCGCCGCCCGCGCACGACGCGCCACCCUGCGCCAAGUGCGGCCUGAGGCGCGCGCGCUGCGUAUGCCGAGACGACACGCCGCCGCACACGCACGACCCGUUGCGCUUCGUGUGCGGGUUCCCCGACGCGGCGUUCGCGCUGGCGGCGCGGCUGCUGGAGCCCGACCCGCGCGCGCGCAUCACCGCCGCCGACGCGCUGCGGCACCCCUUCCUGGCGCAGCCCCUAUAGCCAGUGUGUGUGAUACGUCGGCAAAAGACGGCCGCCCGACAAGGAUGUCUAUAGUGAAAUAAUAUAAAGGUGAAACACAUUAGUUAAUUAAUAUUAAUUGAGUCCCUAAACUCUAAGGCUAUACUUUUGACCCUUUUCCGGGCAUA